AUGGCCCACGAUCAGGAGGGAGAAGCGGGUUCUUAUCCUCUGAAGCAUGUGGAAACAUUGCAAAUACAACCAGUCCAGCCUGCGGCUUCCCCACUGAGACGCAGAGAGAGCGCAAUGAAGGAUUCAGGCAGUGUGUUCACUACGCUAGAUCUACAGGAAUACAAUUCCAGCUCACCAUUAGUCGACAAGCCCGAUGGCCAUGAAAAUCAUUUUCGCGGCCCCUCAAGGAAGAAUUCGCUAGUCUCGGUUGAGACGAAAUAUAAGCCCAUCACCUAUGGCUUCUGGGGACCUCGGUCACCGCCUUCUCUUUCUCCUGAUCCAAAUCAAACGUCAAAUGCUGGCGGUUCCUUCGAAAAUUGGUGGGGCUGGUGGCAUCCCAUGUUUCUCAUGUAUUUCUUUUUCGCUUUUGGAGUGGUGGCGGCCUCUGGACAUCACGUAUUUUAUGCUUCACUGCAUGGCACGGAGGCCGUAGAUCAAUUCAAAAAGUCUCGCUAUGGUGAGUGCUUCCACACAUCGUCCCGCUUGGAUUUUCAAAAAUGCUCAAAAGAGGUGGUCGAGUGUGCCAUUUCACUCUUGUCCAGCUCCCGCCUGUCAAAACUCUACUAUGGAAACAUAUGCUAACAAAUUGCAGGCGCUGCUCUGAGCUUUGUGGCUAAAGCAUCCCUUAUGGCGAGUGUAAUUCUGGCUUUUCGUCAACAGAUGUGGGCUACCUUUCGCCGGAACUCACUUUCUAUUGACGCAAUUGAUUCCAUCUUUGCAAUCAUAGAAGACCUUACGGUGGUGAGAUGGGAAAGUCUUAAGACUGCUAAAGUUGCGAUGUUUUUAGCCUUCAUAGUUUGGUGGGUUGAUGGUUCUAAUUCUUUCAUUUGCUUCUUCCUCCUACCCCUCGAAGACCCUUGGCCAGAAAUGAAGCACCACAAAUCAUUUUUUAUAAUGCUUACCUUAUCAACUCUCUCCCACAAGAAGGCCUGCUAACGAUCGAUACAGGGUAUCCCCUCUCACUGUAAUCCUGACGCCAGGAACUCUUACAGUCGUCCCUUCUGUUCUCACAAACAGUACCCAUUGUACCAAUGUCCGAACUUUGAACUUUGAGCCAGAAGCAACUUAUGAUUGGCGUUUUCCAGAGCAGAUUGGAGGUUUAAUUGAACGAUCUCUUUCAUUGUUCAACACAACAAGUUUCAACGAUCGUGACCCCAAUCGCUUUGAUUAUUACACAGGAGCUGCUUCUCCCUUGAGUCUGGCAGCAACUCUAACUGCGUACACACAAAGUCCAAUAGCAAAGAAGGAUGUAGCUAUUGACAUUUGCGGUGCUGGUUGGAAUUGCAGCUAUGAAAUUUCGUUUGUCGGGCCGGGUUACAAAUGCUUCGAGUACCUAGGGAAUGGAGAAGAUGGUUGUAAGUCCAUGGAAUCAUUGAUAUGAUAAUCCUCAUCCUUUUACUGCGUUCCAAGAGCAGAUUCUAACUAGCUCUAGAUGCGCCCUUUUCGAAAAAAGAUAUAAUCCCACAAGGAACCUUUGGCUACUUGGCAAAUGCAGGGCAGGGCGAAUAUUCUCCAACACAGAUUGACGCCGAUAUAGGUGGGAUCCCCAAGUCGCCUCCUCCAUGGUCUCCAUAUCUUGGAGCGUUCCGAACUGAACCCAUCAUCUGGAUUGGCUACGCCACCCUCAAAGACCAGAAUUCUACCUUUCCUAACAACUUUUCGGACCCUCGUUGGGCCACAGCGUUCGAUACGAGUAUGUUUUCUUGCAUACAUCACACAACCGAAUAUACCGUCAACUUCAACUACUCCUCAGGAUUGCAAAAAGCAACAGUCACAAACCGAAAAUUCUUGGCACCAAUUAUGAAUACAACAUUUUUACCAAAUGUAGAUGCUAAUGAUGGCACGAAAGAUAAUGUCAGCGCCUUACCGGUUGAGGAUUAUCUAUUUCCUCAGAAUACGAACAAAUAUCGACUUACGGCUGCAUAUCACUCUUUGGGACUUCAGUUGCGAAAUCAAUUGAAUGGGACUGUCAAUUUCACGGACUCUGGAAUUCCAAUUUCGAAUACGCAGGCUGCAGAAACGAAACUUAUAAAUCCCGUUGGGUUUCUUCCGUAAGUCCAAAUAGCUGCAUUUAUAUUUCUUCUUUUCUUCGUCAUGUUUAUUCUCAUCCAAUCCACAAAAACUCUCUCUCGAGACACAUUCUUCUAAUCACAAAACUAACGUCCUCACCCCAGAAUACCAAACCUAAUGCAAGGCGUCCAAAACCUCUACGAAGACAUCAUCAUCUCCCUCCUCUCCAACCCGCAAUUCCUCGUCGUCGCCUGGGCCGCCAACCCCAGCAACCGCAGCGGCACCUUCGCCGACGGACCCUCCUGGCCCUGCCAAAAAUCCCGCAACCUCAACAUCUUCCACUACCAAGUCCUGGACCUCUGGCUCGUCUACGGGGUCUUCAUCCUUCUCUCCAUCACCGCCGUCCUCUUCGGCCUCAAGGCCGUGCAGCAGAACCAGGGCCACUUCAAGAAGAACCGCUUCUCGGCCAUCGUGGCCGCGACCCGUGGCCCCGAUUUGGAUUCCGUCGAUUGGACGACGGAUGCGCAUGGAAGGAUGGCGAAGGGCGUGGGCCAGACGAAGUUGGGGUAUGGGAUUGCGAGGCAGGGGGUUGGUGAGAGGAGGGGGAGUUAUGUGGGGAGUGGUGGGGAUGAUGGGCUUGGUGAGAUGUUUUAUAGGUGUGAGGUUGAUUAAGGGUGCGUACGGUGUGGUAAUGAUUGUUAUGAUGUUAUGAAUGUUAUGAGUAGAUAAAAUGUAAUGUGUAUCGAGGAGGCUGUGGGGGGAGUUUUUACUGCUGCUGGUGGGUUUUGCUUGGGGUUGGGUGCGUUCUGGGCGCGGAUUCAAAGGGGGUAGGUCAUUGGAAAAAUAUGGAUUCUUUGGUUCUCUUGGACUGUCUUGUCUCUGUCUAGUCUAGUCCCUAUGUAAGUUUGAAUAAUAUUUGGGGUAACGGAUUCUUACCCCCUGUAUGUAUAUAGAUAAGUGUCUCGCACAGAGUAAAGCCAGUCAGUUA